AAUUCAUACCCUGGUGUGUUUUCAGCCAAUACAACGAAUACCCUCUCAAAGUCCGUCUGGGAGAAUGGGACACGCAGACGACCACAGAAUUCCUCGCUCACGAGGACUACAAGGUAUCCAAGAUCCUUGUGCACCCGGAAUACAGGAAUACGAGUCUCUGGAACGACGUCGCAAUCCUGCGGCUGGAGGAACCUGUUCUGUUCGCUCCCCACAUAGACACCGUCUGCCUCCCGAAAUACGACGAGGUCUUUUCCGGCCAAAAUUGCGUGGUCACCGGUUGGGGUAAAGACGCAUACAAGGGCGGAACUUUCUCGAAUGUGAUGAAAGAAGUGGCACUGCAAGUCAUCGACGAUUACAAAUGCGAGGAAAUGCUUCGGAAAACGCGUCUCGGAAGAUUUUUCCAGUUGCAUGAAGGAUUUUUGUGCGCAGGUGGAGAGUAUGGGCUAGAUUCCUGCAAGGGUGAUGGAGGCGGUCCCUUGGUUUGCUACAGAAAAGAUAAAAGCUACGCCUUGGCGGGUAUAGUAUCUUGGGGCAUAGACUGUGGUCAACCAGGUGUGCCUGGUGUUUAUGUCAAGAUACAGAAAUAUCUGGAAUGGAUUAGCAAGAGUACUGGAGUCAAUAUCCAAGAGUACUGGCCAAAAGUUUAAACACUGCGCUAAGUUCGAGAAGUUUCACUGUGAUUUACACAAAGGAAAAUUUCUGUUCCUGAAUUCAUGUCAAUUGGCCAUUAAUUUGCAUUAAGAUAAUGCAAAUUUAUUAAACACUUUUGGUCUUGCAGCUGAUCAAAGAAACUGUAGCGUUCUGGAAAUAGUACUGGUAUGAAAGACAGAAGACGUCCAUUUUUAUGAAUAUUUGAAAUUUUCGCAUAUCAUUUUGUAAAGAUACGAUACUCGUAAUCAUAAAUACACAAAUUUAUUUAAUUAA